CGUGUCGCUGGGAACCAGUUGAGCCGAGGAAUGUAGCCGAGUUGGAGAAGCAGUCACCAGGGGCGCUGGAGGCAGUCGCGUCCAGGUCACUGCUCAGCUCACAUCCCAGAUAAACUUGAGAAACGCCCGACCUUUUCGCUGGGAGAGUAUAAGUGAACACGACAGACUGUAAGCAUGUUGAACAAGGACGCUAAAGUGACAGAAGAGGCGCUGUCGGCCCCUAAAAGUGCUGAUACCCCCACUGGCGAGGCUGAUGCAGACAAGUGCCAGCCACAGAACGGAGAGGCAACCACCGCCUUAAUUACCUUCGAAGAAGGCGAGCAAGUAAAUUCCAUUGCGAAUACGACAGGAGAGAAGAAUUCACACGAUAACGUCGCAGAAGCGAAGAACUGUGACGCGGAGGUGGCAGAAGUCAGAAGUUCGGAAACCAGCAAGGCAGAAGUGCAAAUUCCAGAGAUCAGUACAACAGAUGUGAGCAGUUCCGAAGCUGCUAUGGUGGAAGUGGAGAGUUCCGAAAUGAAUAGUGCGCAAGUGCAUGAUUCUCUCGAGACGAAGGCAGAAGUGAAAAAUUCUCACACUAGCGUGGAAGAAGUGAAGCAACCUGAUGUGAGUAUAAGCGAAGUGAAGAAUACUGGUGAUAAGGUGACGGAAGUGAUAAUUUCCGAUGUGAGCGCGGGAGAAGUGAAAAUUUCUGAUACAAAUUCGACAUCUAAAUCGAUCUCACCAGAAGGCGAGAGUGGCGGGGGAAGUGAAAAUGCGGGAGUUAGUGCCAACGAGAACGUGCAGCCGGUUGUCACGGAGACUCCUACUCCCAGUGCUUCGGAGCCUCUGAUCGAGAUUUCCGAUGACGGGUCGUGGGACAUGAAGCCCCAACACGAACUGGAGGCGGCUGGUGCCCCGAGGGAAUCUGCUGGAGUACACGAAGGAAGUCUGUACGAUAACCAGACUGCGGCUGUCGACGAGGAGGCGAAGUGUGCUGCAGAUGCCGCAGCUAGCCCGGUACCCGUUGCUGUGUGCCCACCGAAACCGUUACCACGCAAGCUCGAGACGGCGGCUGCUGCGAAGCUAGAGGAGUCUGCCCAGUCAGAGGAAGCCCAGAAUGGCGCAACCAUUCUGGAGGCUGUGGCGGACCUGUGCGUCGGCCUGAAGACGCUGGACAACGCCAAGCCGUACAAGGACGGCGACGAGCCGCCCACAGAGACGCCGGCCGACCCACAGCAUGCACCGCCACCGCCUCCCUUCCGCUUCGGAAAAUUCCCGAAAGAUGUGGUGUACGACUCGAUCCUGGAGAACAAGAACAAGACGAAGAGCUACUGGGAGCAGCGCAUGCUGUGCGUGGCAGAUGGCGAGUGCGCGCCCAAGGUGGUGGACGCGGUGGCCAAGUCGCCGGCCGUGGCAAAGAUCGCGAUGGAGCUGCGCGAGAUGAGGGAGCGCGAGGAGGAACUGCGGCGCGCGAGGCUCGCCCUCCAGCUGCCGCUGCCGCUCACAGACAGCUGCUCAGAGUACGGCAGCGAGGACAGCAUGGUGAGUCCUCCAGGAUACUCACAUCAGCGUACAGAUUCUAUGAGCUCUGGUCAUAGCUCUGGAUCAGACUUUGGCCGCAGGCGUGUUACGGUAAAACCCUUGGAUGAACCAGACUCUGAAAGUGAAACUCCAGUGUACAAGAGAACCCAGAAAGAAACUCCCAUUGAGAGAGAGAUUAGAUUAGCUCGUGAAAGAGAAGAGGAACUGAGACGUGAGAAAGGACUUCCACCGUUAAACACACCUACCACUCCAAAAGCUGAAUUUCGUUUCUUACAUAAAACUCUGAGUUCAAGUGAACAACAGCAUACUCAGCCUCCACGGCCUGCAACAACAAGAAUUCAACAAGAAAUUGAUGAGGCAGUACAGAGGGAGAGAGAACUGAAAGAAGCAAAUGGAAUUCAGCCAUCUGAUGAAAAUACUGUACAUAAGAGAUCUCAAACACCUGAUGCUGUCAACAGUUCCACAGAAGAGAGAGAGAGUGAUCCAAACAGUUUCUCCUCUUCGAACAAUCUUUCAGAUUCACUAAAUGAUGGAGAACCCUCAGCACAAGCUGUUCCAACAAAGAGAUCUCAGUCAACAAGUCCAUCACUUAAUAAUUCUCCAUUUGCAAGCCCAACACACAGGUUCUCAUCUGGUGGUGGACAGAAAGGAUUGAUGCAGAGGUUUUAUGCAUCACAUGGAAGGAUGAGAAUUUAUGCUGCUCCAAGGAAUACUGCACCUGUUGUUGUUUCUCCUCCUUCUGUUUCACCUGUACAUAACCAGCCUCCAAUUCAAAGGAAGAUCAUUGACAUCAAUAGUGGGAAUGAUUCACAGGAUUCAGAUGAAGAACUGGUAAAGACUCCAGUGAGAAAGGGCUACCAAUCAGCUGAAGAGAAGAUACAAGCAGAGUUACAAGAGAUGCAAAAACGUGAAGAAGAAUUGAGGUUGCUGAGAGCAAAACUGUUUGCUCAGUCACAGCCAAAUCUUUUGAGCAUUGGUAGUAUUGAGGAAGAAGAAAUUAAUCAUAUCAAUGGUGAUGGAGGGAAACAGUCUUUGCAGAGUGCACAGUCUAUUCCAAACCUCUUAGAUUCUGAUGAUUCAUUGGAUGUUUCACAGGAUCCUGCUUCACAAAAGUUUCAGAAAAAUUCCCCAAGAAAAAGAAGUGCACUGAUUGCUGAGUGGGAGAGCAGGAUCCAAAAGAAUUCAGAGCAUUGAUCGUUACCUCUGAACUACCACCAAUGAAAAUGUCACAUUCCAGAAUGUGUGAGGAUACAACCAAGAGACAAUACUGCCUUUGCAAUUUUACUAGACUGCUGUGUUCCCAGUAUUGUGAAGAAAUUGGUUUUUCUUAUGUAGAGUUUCCUAAUAUUAUUGUGCAAUUAUUGUUGAAGAUUUCUGACAGGACCAGAAAUAAUAAGUAUUAUUAGGGAGGUAAUACACAAUACAUUCCAGCCACAUAGGAAACAAUGUCUAAGAUAUUUUCUUAAUGGGUUUCUUCGUAAUUGUAUAAGAACUGUCAUUUUACUCUGUGUGAUGAAUUGGUUUGAAGCUGAAUAUUCUGUUAAAAUCCUUAAACUUAAUUUCAAUGCACAAAUACUUAUACCAUUUGUUCUAAUUUGGCUACUGGGAUUUCAUAAUGGCUUCCAGUCACUUUUGGUUACCAUUAGCAUGAUGCAGAAGUUAAAGUAAAAAUUUCAAUGGUAUGAGCAGUGUUGUAUCAUUCUGUGUUGAAAGCAAUCAAAACCAAUAUGAUUUUCCUUGUAUUGUGUCUUGCCUAUAUACUAAAUUUGAUGAUUGCAUUUGAUGGAAAUUCAAAUGAAAAUCUAAAGUGAUGAGUGUUAAUCAAUGUUCCAUUUAGUGUGUUCUUUUCUUGAACAUCAGUGUAACACACUCCUGAAGAUAUAUUUUCCCUUUAUUGUUCUACACAAAAGGAGCUUUUGUCCUUCCUUCUUAUUAAUUUGAAUGUGCUUAAAAAUUGGAAUAUUGCUGUGUGUCAUAUGUUAUUGCAAUAGAUUAAGGGUAUACUCCUUCAUAGUAUUCCAUGACUAGAAAUGUUUUGUUGAUUAAAUUGAUGGCUGAUGAUUUAACAUCAUGUAUUUGCCAUCCUUUUGUUGUGCUGGUUGGAAGCAUCACUCUAUGGCGAAUUUAGUCUGCUAAUUUCUUAAAGAAAUAAAUGAAAAUGAAACAAACUGUAGAUAAACAGUUAUACAACAGUAAUAAUGCAAGAAUUACAGUAAAAUUAAGAGAAACUAAUAUAGAGUAUUUUGAGACACUUGUAAUAAGGUUAUUCAAAAGUGACCAAAAUGUAAUAUUCUUGGGAGUGUGACUACUAUCCGGAUGAUGCUUAUGCAAGAUUUAGUGUGAAGAUUGAACGUAGUUUGAUUAACAGUUGCAUAGUUCUAAGUAAUGUCUGUAGAAAAGCAUGUUUGUGAAAAAGGAAACUAAGCUUCAGCAGUUUCACAAGAGAAUUGGCGUAAGUAUCACUAGUCUGGGUGUAUGUAGAGAGGAGACUAAGAAAACAGUUGUUUGAAUUCAUUUUCCUGUUUCUUCUUUGAAGUUAUGAAGUAAUUUUGGAAUACAUAACAAAAAAUUGAUACAUGAGAAGCUGUUAAAUAUAAGUAUUAAAACUGUUGAACAAAUAGGCAUUAUAGUUAACCACAUUUUAUUAUGUAAGAAUUGUUUGUAUGUGUAAUAUGACUGUUCUGUUACAUAUUGCUGAAAUUUUCACAUCACUCGUUAUUUUCAUUGUUGAAAUUGCAGGUAAUAUCUGGUGUGUGUGUGUGUGUGUGUGUGUGUGUGUGUGUGUGUGUGUGUGUGUGUGUGUGUGUGUGUGUGUGU